AUGCACUUCAGGAGCAGUGCUCCCCUUUUGCUGCUGCUGCUGCUUCUUGUCUGUCUGCUGGGGAGCAUCCUGGAGGUGAGAGGGCAGGAGCUGGGCCACCUGCAGGAGGCUCAAAGGGCCUUGGAUCUGCCUCUUGGUACAGACGGCGAGCCUCGUUUCCAGAAGAACCACACGGGCAUCCUGAUCACCACGCUGCUGCGGGCGGUGCACUGUGAAGAGCGGACUGGCAUCUCUCAGGACAUCUGUGACAAGUGCUUGACACCAGACAUCGCUCUCUCUGUGCUGGAGGAUGACGGCAAGGCUUAUCUCACUGAGGAAGACUUCCAGCGAAUGUCCACCGUUCUGCUGUACUACAUAAUUAACUUGCAAGAUCUGUGCAUGUCCAACUCCGCCUCUCCCUCCUCCCUUUCUUCAUCCACCUCCUCCUCCUCAUCCUCCUCCUCUUCCUCCUCUUUUGGGAACUAUCAGUUCUACCUUUUGGCCCUCAUUAAUCUACACCCAGCUGAGGACAACCGCCUCUUAUCAUCCAGUGAAACCGAAAGUAUUCUGCAGCUCAUCAACCAACACUACAGCCCCUCCAACCAAGAUGCUUCUACCUCAUCUGAUAUACAAUGUAUCGAUGCCGCUCAUCUCCUUGAAGACGUUAACCAGAAAGAAAAUACAGAAGUCGGUGCGUCUUCGGUGCCCAAACUGGCCGCAGCCAUCAUCAGCCACAUCCUGCAGGGUCACUGUUUCAGCCAGAGGAACCUCCCAUCGCCUGCCUUCUUUACCGACUAUAUCUUUCACUCACUAAAUCGCACUAAUAACCUGCAGAUUAUAGACUUAGAGGAGUUGCUCCAUCAGCUGGGUGUCGGAGGCGAAGGAGCUGCACACUCUCACCGCAGGAAGAGACGGAGCAUCACUGGGAGCUCCAACAAAGCGGUGGUGCGUUCGAUUAACGGUUACAACCAAGAAACUGGGGGAGUGAACAGAGACUGGGCCCAGGAAUGUUUUUCAGCCAAUCAGUUGGUGGAUAUUUUUGCUCUGGAUCCUCAUUCGCCAAUUUCCAAGGAGCACUUCAGACAAAUUUGUCCAGCCAUUAUCCAGCAGUUGCUAGGCAAUGCCUGUGAGGCUGCGGAGGAGAAACCAAGAGGAUCUCUGCCCACUGCUCUCGAGAAGUAUGGCUACAGCACGGCUGCUGUCCUGCUCAUCACGGUGGGCUCCAUGCUGGGAAUCUGCCUGAUCUUCUUCAACUCCUGCCAGGAGACCUACACCCUCAUCCUGCAGCUGUUUGUGGGUCUGGCAGUCGGCACUCUCUCAGGAGACGCCCUCCUUCACCUCAUACCACAGAUCCUCGGCCUCCACGAUGACACUCACAGUCACGAUGUUGAGCACUACGCAGAGGGAAAGGAGUAUCUGUGGAAGAUCCUCGGCAUGAUCGCUGGGAUUUACGGCUUUUUCCUCAUUGAAAGAAUCUUCUCCUUUUUGGUUCCUUUUCAUGACCAUGGUCAUUCCAGCGACUUAACCUUAGAGCUGAACUGCAACGGUCAGUCACAGAGGGGCAAAUCCAUUUCCACUAUACAGCUGGGACCAGUGGAUGACUUGGAGUGUACAGAAAUAUCUCCCGAACACACAGACACAACGAGCCCUUCACAUCAGAGACAAGGGGUUCCUCUGCUGGCUGUGAUGGUAAUUGUGGGAGACAGCCUUCAUAACUUCGCAGAUGGCCUGGUUGUCGGCGCCGCCUUCUCCUCUUCGGCCGAGACUGGCAUGGCGACAACUGUGGCCAUCCUGUGCCACGAGAUCCCACAUGAGAUGGGGGAUUUUGCAGUGUUGCUCAGCUCCGGACUCUCUGUGAAGACUGCUGUGCUAAUGAACUUUCUCAGUGCUCUGACGGCCUUCAUGGGACUCUACAUCGGACUGUUUGUCUCAGCGGAGAUAGAAGUGCAGCAGUGGAUCUUUACGGUCACUGCUGGCAUUUUCCUCUACUUGUCACUGGUAGAAAUGCUCCCUGAGAUGAGUCGAGUGAAGACCAACAGACCGUGCCUCAUGUUCCUCCUGCAGAACCUCGGCCUCCUGAUGGGUUGGGCCUGCCUGUUGCUUCUGGCUCUCUUUGAACAUGAACUCAGAUUCUAG